UUACAGCUUAAGGAAACACUACGGUAGUCGUCGACAUUGAUAGCUUGUACGCGUCCCAUUCGGCUUUAUAUACAUAGCGGAGCAGUUUCGCUUUUGUGCUUUUUCUAUCUAACACAUCUUCCUAUUUUUCUUUGGUAAGUGAUAAUUCAUUCAGAUAUUGAAGAUCUGAAUCUAACUCUAUUGAUGGAUUCUUUCUUCAGCAAAGGUUUCAAAGCUGCUAAAUGUAAAACCCUAUUGAAAUUGACGAUUCCUCGUAUCAAACUACUGAGGAAUCGUAGGGAGAUGCAGCUGAAGCAGAUGAGAAAAGAAAUUGCUAAGCUACUAGAGACUGGUCAGGAAGCUACUGCUCGGAUUCGGGUAGAGCAUAUAAUAAGAGAAGAGAAAAUGAUGGCAGCACAGGAGAUAGUCGAGCUAUUCUGCGAGCUUAUAUCUGUUCGUCUUCCAAUUAUCGAAGCACAAAGGGAAUGCCCCCUAGAUCUGAAAGAAGCUAUUUCAAGUGUAUGUUUUGCUGCACCAAGAUGUGCAGAUCUUCCCGAACUGCUACAGGUUCAGAUGCUGUUCGUCGGUAAAUAUGGGAAAGAAUUCGUCACUGCUGCUACGGAGCUCAUGCCAGAAUGUGGUGUCAACCGCCAGCUGAUAGAGUUGCUAUCUAUUCGAGCACCUGCUCCUGAUGUGAAAUUGAAGCUGCUGAAGGAAAUUGCAGAGGAGAAUGAGCUAGAUUGGGAUCCAAGUGCUUCUGAAAAUGAGCUGUUGAAGUCACAUGACGACUUACUGAAUGGCCCCACACAAUUCGUUAGUGGGGCUAAGGUCCCUCUUCCCAAGGAAAGGUUUGAUGAGUUGCAGCAACCUGCAUCAGAACAAGUCUCUGAUAAACAAACAGAAUCUGAGUCUGAAUUUGACUCGUUAGAUUUUCCAGAAGUUCCUAAGCAGCCACUACGACCUAGCACCGGUGGAGUUUCAGUCCCCGAAAUGUUUCCUUUCCCGGCCUCCGCACUAUCUGACUCCGAUGAGGAGAUAGCUAAGCCUUCUGAAAAUGCUGAGAUCAAAUCGCACAAGCAAAAUGUGGAGCGAGAUGAAGUCUUGCAAGAGAAGGUAGUUUCAAAAGAUUUA